UUCCAGGUUGUUUCUUGCCGUUGAAUGGUUUUUUAUACAGGCCAGCAGUUGUCAUACAUAAAAGUUCCAAACAUCAUAAUUACCAUGUCACUCUAUGCAGCAGGCCUCAACGCCUGGAGCCAAUUAGACUUUGACACCACCAAAAAAGACCAACAACCAGACGACAUCUUCACUUUCACUUGCCUUCUCGAGGACAAGGACAUAGACUAUAUCCGUCCAUUUCCAUCAUAUACCCUAGUCUACACAACCACCACCCCCUUCUCACCAACCUACACAGCCGGCCUGGUCCCAAAACUCCACCAACAACUCUCAACCUCGCACCCAGACCACUACCACCACUUCGCUGAAGCCUCCAACGACAUAGUAGUAGUACCAAACCACCCAACAAACCCCCACCCCCUCCAAUACCCCUCCCUCACCACCCUCCUCUCCCCCUCCUCCCAACCCAUCUCCUACCCCACCCUUCACCUUGCCCAAGUAACCCCCUACGCAACCGGUUUCCUCGCCCUUUCCCCCCAGAAUCCCACGUCCUCUCCUGGGGCGACCCCCGCUACCCCCCCCUCCUCUCCCGCCCUUGUUCCCCUCCCAACCCCCCAUCACCCCCAUCCCAUCCCCGACCUCUCCUCCCUCCCCACAGGCCCAGUAACGAAACUCUCCUCCUCUCCCUCAGGCUGCUUGGUAGCAGCCCUAACAGCCGGCCACGACCUCUACCUCUGGGGCCACCCAAGCCGCUGCUCAACCUGGUACCCUGACAUCCCCGACUCUCCCGAACCCGUCGUAAUAGGCGACGACAACGAAAAAGAUAUUAAAGACGUAGCAGUCGGCCAGUCACACGUCCUAGUUCUAACCACCGACGACGAAAUCUGGGGACGGGGAGACAACUCCUCUGGCCAACUCGGUUUAGGCAGAGAAACAAAACUAGUCACAGAAUGGACAAGACUAAAGGGGGAGUUUGAUCACGACAAAAAGAAAAUAAAGGGGGUUUGGGCGGGAGAAAGAAAUUCAUUUGUUGUUGUCCAGCCUUGACAUCACCAAUGUUAGU